AAUCUUUCCUCUCUUCUGCAACCGAGCCAGCCUACCCCUCUGCACCGCGCCCAGCCUUGCACUCCCACGCCUGCUCAGCACCCCUAGCUCCUACGCCCCUGUCCCUUUGCACGCCAGCAUCACUGGCAAUCAUACCCCCUCUGCACUGAGCCUGCGGGCAAUCAUGCACUCCAGCACCCCCUGCUUUGCGCCUCUGCCGCCUACACCGAGCCUACACCCCUGCUGCUGCACCACCUUGCUGCGCCUCCUGCACUCUGCGCCCAAUCCCGCGCAUCUGCACCGCUGAUUGCUGCAGCCCUAUCCUUGUCUUACAUGCAGAAAAGACAAGGAAUACCGGACAAAUUGGCAUCAUUGAUUGACAGAGCAAGGCCCUUGUCUUUUGUUGCAUUUUAUUUUUUAUUUUUAUCAUUUGGGGUAUAUAUUUAGGGCAAAAGCAGAGUAAUCGGGAGGGGGGGAUGGUUGGUUGAUUUUGGGUCUCUUUGUUGGGGAGUUUCGUCUGAGUUUUGAGAGCAAUAGAAGGGGAUUUAUUGGAGAAGAAAGGGGGCAACAACGGUGGUUGAGAGGAAGGAUCACCGAGCUUCCAGAGGAGCUUCAUUUUUGGUUUCAUUUUCUAGGUUUCAUUGCCUUAGGUAAUUUCUGAACAGAGGAAUUUUUGGGAAGAGCCGUGAGGGAGAAGAAGGGAGCUUGAUCCCGUGGGUGGGAUCCCUCCCUUUGGAUCUCAAUCUGCUUUUUUCCAGAAAUUUCACCUUGUUUGAUUCUAAUUCUCAUAGAGUUUUGCUUUAUUAAAACUGUACUAGAUGAUGAUACUGCAAAUGAAAUCAAGCAUGUUUGUUGAA